AUGGCGCUCUUGCUUGACGACGAUGAGGUCUUUGUGGUGACCGCGAAUGCCCCUCCACAGCCGGCGCAGCGGGGUGUGCAUGUCAUCAUGGACAGCAAACUGGAGGUGCGCGAGUCCACGCCGCUUUGCACAGCUGCGUCAUCGAGCAGAACUGCCGCGAGCACGCCGUCGACGGCAGCGGCGGCCCGACACCGUGAGCGCUCACCUGCUUCUGCCGGCGCGCCAGUGAACCUGCCCCUGAGGGGCGGCGAUGGCAUGGAAAAGAUGGAGGCGCUGCUGUUUGGCAAGACGAAGGUCGCUCUCGUCCGCGACGGCAGCGCUGUCGGACUCAAGCGUUCAUCAGAUGACGCCUUUGGGACAGCCGUUUCGCGAACGCCUGUGGCGCAGAGGACAUCGUUAGCCCCGCUCUGCGAUGGCCGCACCGAUGGCAGCAGCACGCAGCCGAAAAUUGUCUCUGCAGCGGGCUCCCUCUCUUCCCUAUCGCCGCAGAAAGAGCUGCCUUCGACUAUGUCGUUGGAAACCGUGCUGAUGACACCCCACGAGAGGUCCUCGCGGGCGGUCGUCUCGACUUCACCGGAGCAUCGGUGUGGUUCACCGUUUGCCUCCCCGCCAGCGCGUCUUUCCCCGACGUUGUCUGCUUCGGCUCGCGAGGAGGCGACUGUCGAAACUCCACCCUCUUCUGUGGCGACGCAGCCUGCCAAAAUGCAGAUGAAGCUGUCUGACUUCUUCUCCAAGAUGGCGUGCAAGCGGUAA